CUCCAAUGACUAUUAUCACCCUUUCCCUUCCUUGCACAAACCCUUCCUUCCUCUCUUCUCCAAAACGAUUCAAAUUCAAUCCCCAAUCCUGCACUCAACUUUUCUCCACAUCUUCCUCACCUCUCCCCAAGACAAAAGUCAUCGUCAUCGGCGGUGGCCUCGCCGGCUUAGCCGCCGCCAACCACCUCAACUCCCACAACAUCCCCUUCCUCCUCCUCGAAGCUUCCGACGCCGUGGGUGGCCGCCUCCGUACCGACAUUGUGGAUGGCUUCCUCCUUGACCGCGGCUUCCAAAUCUUCAUCACUGCCUACCCAGAAGCCCAAAAGCUCCUCAAUUACCAAUCCUUGAACCUCCAUAAGUUCUAUUCUGGAGCUCGAAUCUUCUACGAUGGCCAAUUCCACACCGUCGCCGACCCUCUUCGCCAUUUCUGGGACUCCGCGAAAUCCCUAACCAACCCAAUCGGAUCCCUCGUCGACAAAUUACUAAUCGGAUCCACCAGAAUUCGGGUCCUCACGAAAUCCGACGAAGAAAUUCUCAGCGCAGAGGAGGUCCCCACCAUCGACCUACUGAAGAAGCUAGGGUUUUCCGAUUCCAUCAUCGGAAGUUUCUUCCGGCCGUUUUUCGGCGGGAUCUUCUUCGACCCUGAGCUCGAAACUACGUCGAGGCUGUUCGAUUUCAUCUUCAAGUGCCUCGCCCUCGGCAACAACACUCUUCCGGCGAACGGCAUAUCGGCGAUUCCCGAACAGCUGGCGGCAAGGUUGCCGUCCGGUUCGAUCCUGCUAAACACGAAGGCCGUUUCCGUUGAUCUCGAUGGCUCCGAAUCGCCGCGUGUGAGGUUGCAGAGUGGUGAGGUUUUGAGUAGCGAACUUGGAGUGAUCGUCGCGGUUGAGGAACCGGCAGCGGUUCAGCUUUUGGCAGGAAGGAGCGGUCCGGUUCCCAAAAAACCGGUUCGAAGUACGGUUUGUCUGUAUUUCACUGCGAACCGGGAUCAGAUCCCGGUUGGGGACCCGGUCCUGUUUCUGAAUGGGUCGGGUAAGGGGAUUGUGAAUAACAUGUUCUUUGCCACAAAUGUGGCUCCAUCGUAUGGCCCACCCGAUAAAGCUUUGGUAUCCGUAUCACUGAUUGGGUUGUAUGAAAGUGAGUCUGAUGAUGAGCUAGUGGGUAAGGUGGUCCAAGAGCUUUCAAGUUGGUUUGAAGAGAAAAUGGUUAAGGAAUGGAAGCAUUUGAGGACUUAUCGGGUCGGGUUUGCACAGCCCAAUCAGUGUCCACCCACGGAUCUGAAUAAAAACCCGAGAAUUGAGUCGGGUUUGUACGUGUGUGGGGAUUAUUUGACCUCAGCCACAUUUGAUGGCGCUUUGGUCUCUGGGAGAAGAGCAGCACAAUCUCUCUUGAAGGAUAGAGCCUCACUACGGCUUAAGAAUCUUGUUCUUUUUUAAGACUACAGUCCACGUAAGAUAGUUAUUUUAUGUUGUAGAGAAAAAAUAGGUGAGUUUCACCAUUAUAAGAAAAAAGAAAAAAGUGAAAUGUGAAAAUCGAAGUGAGAAGACAUGAAAGAAUAUAUCUUAUAUGAAAGAAGAAUAA